AUGAUGAAAACGGAGUCUUCAGGAGAAAGAUCAACCCUCCGAAGUGCCUCUCCUCACAGGAACGCUUACAGAACUGAGUUCCAGGCGCUGAAAAGCACCUUUGACAAACCCAAAUCAGAUGGGGACCAAAAAGCGAAAGAGGAAGGAGAGGCCUCGCAGAGCAGGGGAAGGAAAUAUGGCUCAAACGUCAAUAGGAUUAAGAACUUGUUUAUGCAGAUGGGCAUGGAGCCUGCUGAAAGUGCGGGAGUUACCCCUAAAACCAGGGGGAAGGGUGGCCCUCCAUCACCUCAGAGACGAGUUAGGCCCAAAGAAUUUGUAGAGAAAGCGGAUGGUUCGAUCGUAAGAUUGGAGUCGUCAGUCUCGGAAAGGAUUAGCAGGUUUGAUACUAUCCACGAUGGUCCUUCUUAUUCCAAGUUCACUGAAACUCGGAAGAUGUUUGAGCGAAACGCUCACGACAUGGGACAUUCCAAUCGCUAUUCCCCAAAGAAAGAGAAAGCCGUUUCCAACGAGCUUCCCGACGAGUGGUGCAGCUCCAAGUCUCACCGAGGCAGCAUGGAUUCGCUGGACAGCCUGAGCCCAAGGACCGAGACCGUCUCUUCCACCGUGAGCCAGCUCAGCGCCGUUUUCGAAAACACCGACUCGCACAACGUCAUCGCUGUAGAAAAGUCGGAAAACAACGAAGAGUACUCUGUGACCGGUCACUACCCGCUAAAUCUCUCGUCUACCGUUGCAAGCAUCUCCUCCCCGGCUGCGAACCUCGAGGGUUUCAGUCCUCUGAAGGACGCCAGCACGUGGUCGCCCCCAGCCAAGCAGAGUACGGGUGCCACGGUUGUUGAGAGCUCCCAGCAGAACAGCACGCCUUCGACAGCCAGACAGAAGACAUCCACAGGUUCAAAAGCGACUGAAGAGGGAAAGAAGAGCGCAGAGGCGAGCGCCGAUUCCGCCGAGAGCUCUGCAGCGAGUCCGCAGGACGUGGUCAGCGCUCUUGACGGCGAAAGAUCUGCGGAGGGCUGCGCUAGGAGUAAGGCGAGAACAGAGACGGACGUUUUGUCGCAAAAGGAGCGGUCGGCGCGUGCGGAGGGUGCCUUUGAGAGACCUGAAACUGCAGAAUUACCAAGAAACGUGGCUUCAGGUGGCGAUUUCGCCACAGAUGCCAUUUCAGACACUACUGAGUCCCGUUAUGAUGAGGCAAGUGAAAAAGAAGCGCACGAAGACGUGAAUAAUUUUCAGAGUUCCCACGUGUACAUGCACUCCGACUACAACGUGUAUCGGGUACGCUCGCGAUACAACUCUGACUGGGGAGAGACAGGUACGGAACAGGACGAUCAGGAUGACAGCGACGAAAAUAACUGUUACGAACCUGAUAUGGAAUAUUCCGAAAUUAAUGGAUUGCCAGAUGAGGAUGAAAUCCCAGCAAACAGAAAAAUUCAGUUUAGCCGCGCUCCGAUUAAGAUUGCCUAUUACCAAGUAAUAAUAACAGUCCAUCAGCAAAAUGCUCUAAAAGUCAUGUGUGAAAUUGAUAAACGGGCCCCAUGGGCGUGCCGAGUGGUGAAGGAGGUUGAGGAGCAGCAGUCUCCCGGUCAGCCCCCCGAGCGGAGCCUCGGGCACAUCCCAGGGCCGGCAGCUCUACCCAGGGACCCGGGUGACCACAGUCACGAGGCGCUGGGAUCAA